CGUGGACUCUUCACCAUAGUUACCAAGCGGCUGAAGCUAGCACAGAACAACUUAGCAUCACAAAUUGGAAGUUUUGCUGCGUGUAAGACGCAUAUUUUAUCUGGAGUUCUGCGCUGUGACGAUGGGUGUGGCGCUGACACGAGCACUUCAGUGGAGCAGACUUGAGCAGUCCGAGGACUCCGAGCUGGAGGACACGCCACUGAACGAAGCUUUACUGCAACACAUCGUCCGCUUCCUGGAGCAGUUUAGCACCAAACACCUGGACGAUGCCACGCUGCCGUUUACCGAGCCUCUGCAGUGGAAGACCUCUCUGCAACCUUCUGAUUUCCCCGCCGAAUACGACACGAGUGACUCUUCAGUGGAGUCUCAGGAAACUGAUACUGAGGGACGUCCCCUCCUCCGCAUGACUCCUUCUGACAUCUCCGUGCGCAGCUUCAGCCACCUCUCCAAGCUUCUGCUGCUCGCCGAUGACAGAAAACUCAAGGAGGUGCAGGCUUGUUUAGAAGCCAACAAGGACCCUGCUGGGAAAAUCCUCGGGCCGAACGUCGCCACAGAGGAAGGACAGGAAUCACCGGACCGCAAAAUCCGACUCCAGCUCAUCCUGCAGAAGUUGGACAAAGAGCUGCUCGACAACUCCGUCCAGCACUUCUCACAGGACAUCAGGCUGAGUCCCGACGCUGUAAAAUGUGAAGUCGAACUGCUGCAGGGUUUGUGUGGAGAGAAGAGACUGCUGAAAUCUGUGCGCUACACAUCAGAUUACGAGUUCAACAACGGCUGCCGCUCACCUCCAUGGAGGCAGGUGCACGGAGAAAUCGCUUACCUCGUCAUUGAGACACGCGACACGGGAUCGCUCUUCAUCACAUGCAGCACAGACGGAGUCUUCCUCAAUGGGGGCGUCGGUCGUGACGGAGACGAGAACGCUUACGACAGAAAAAGUGAAGUGUACAGAGAUCUGGUCACACUCCUUAAGAACACGUCUCCUCACUUUGCUAAGGACAUCAGUAAGCAGGACUUUCAAGAAGAACCUCAGACCACUCGAAAAAUCCCACAUGUGGAAGCCGUUGAUCUGGAGGAAGCGGGCCAAACCCUGAGGUCUUACGAGCGUCAGGAAAAGAAUGUGCACGGGAAGCCGAGACAACAGCUCACGCUGAACAAGAACUUAGAACCGUCUUUGACGUGGAAGAACCUCGGCGUGACGUCCCCUCAGGAUGAGAGAGUCACAGAAAGUCGGAAAAAGUCUCCCAAAUCAGAGAGCAGGAAGAAAACUCAUUUUUCUGGAUCUCCGCUUCCAGGCUGUGCCUCGUCUCCCAAAAUGAGUCCAGGUGGAGGAACAGGAGUUGAAGGCUUUAGUGAGAGCUCCUCUGAGAGCGAGGAUGAUGAAGAGCAGGCUGAGAGACGAGGGGAAAGCCACACUGAUGUUCCCUCUGAGUACUGGCACAUUCAGAAACUAGUCAAAUACCUGAAGGGAGGUAAUCAGACAGCCACAGUGAUCGCUCUGUGCUCAAUGCGAGACUGUAACCUGGCUCAGGAGGCGUGUCAGCUGGCCAUCAGAGACGUGGGGGGGCUGGAGGUCCUCAUCAACCUGCUGGACACCGACGAGCUCAAGUGUAAAAUCGGUUCUCUGAAGAUCCUGAAGGAAAUCAGUCGCAACUCUCAGAUCAGACGAGCCAUCGCUGAUUUAGGGGGACUGCAGACCAUGGUGUCGCUCCUGGACUCUCCUGAUAAAGAGCUGAAGUGCCUGGCAGCCGAGACCAUCGCCAACGUGGCCAAGUUCAGGCGAGCGCGCAGGACCGUGCGGCAGUACGGCGGCAUCCAGAGACUCGUGGAGCUGCUGGACUGCGUUCCUCACUCGACGACGCUGAGCGCGGAGCAGGAGAAGGAUGUGGAGGUGGCACGCUGCGGUGCUCUGGCUCUGUGGAGCUGCAGUAAGAGCACCAGGAACAAGGAGGCCAUCCGUAAAGCCGGAGGGAUCCCUCUGCUCGGCCGCCUGCUCAAAUCCCCCCAGAAGAACGUGCUCAUCCCCGUGGUGGGCACGCUGCAGGAGUGCGCCUCUGAGAGGAGCUACCGGAUUGCCAUACAGAGCGAGGGAAUGAUCGAGGAUUUGGUGAAGAACCUGAGCUGUGACAACCAGGAGCUUCAGAUGCACUGCGCGAGUGCCAUCUUCAAGUGUGCGGAGGACAAGCAGACGCGGGAUCUGGUGCGGCAGUACGACGGCCUGCAGUCGCUGGUCGCUUUGCUGAAACAAGCCGACAACAAGCAGCUGCUCGCCGCCACCACCGGGGCCAUCUGGAAAUGUUCCAUCAGCAUGGAGAACGUAGCCAAGUUUGAGGAGUACAAGGCAUUGCAGAUGCUGGUGGCUUUGCUGUCAGAUCAGCCUGAAGAGGUGUUGGUGAACGUGGUGGGGGCUCUAGGAGAGUGCGCCCAAAGACCGAUCAACCGCGCCACCAUCCGGAAGAACGGUGGCAUCCCGCCCCUGGUCAGCCUGCUCACUGGAACCAAC